AUACUGCUCUCGCUGCGUGUAUCUGGCCAGGCGGUUGUAUUCUGAAGGGUUUGGCCACCACUUACCUGCUGCUCCAUCACAAGUUCUGCCGGGUUUAUACAGACAGCAAGGAUGGCGACCGAAGACAAGAAAUGUGAGACCGAGUGCACAAAAACACAGUCAGCGCCUUCUUCCUCCAAUCAAAAUAAGCCUUCUACAGUGAAGCCCAACUAUACUUUGAAAUUUACAUUGGCAGGACACACGAAAGCCGUCUCCUCUGUUAAAUUCAGUCCAAAUGGAGAAUGGCUGGCAAGUUCCUCUGCUGAUAAAUUAAUUAAAAUAUGGGGUGCUUAUGAUGGCAAGUUUGAGAAGACCAUAUCAGGACACAAACUGGGAAUCUCGGAUGUUGCCUGGUCCACAGAUUCAAACCUGCUUGUAUCGGCUUCAGAUGACAAAACCCUUAAAAUAUGGGACGUGAACUCGGGAAAAUGCUUGAAGACGCUGAAGGGCCACAGUAACUAUGUUUUCUGCUCUGUUCAAAUGGAAAAAUACUGUGGGGUCUUUAAAGUUCUUAUUCAUUUACUGUUUCCUUCAAAUGCUGUCACUUCUGAGAGUACCUUAGUCUUUCAGCCGUCUUCCUGUGACAGUACAUUUGAUGAGAGUGUACGAAUCUGGGACGUGAAGACUGGGAAGUGCCUGAAGACCCUGCCAGCCCAUUCUGACCCUGUAUCUGCUGUACAUUUUAACAGAGAUGGAUCCCUCAUUGUCUCCAGUAGUUACGAUGGCCUGUGCCGAAUUUGGGACACCGCAUCAGGGCAAUGCCUUAAAACACUGAUUGAUGAUGAUAAUCCUCCUGUGUCUUUUGUGAAAUUCUCCCCAAAUGGAAAAUACAUUUUGGCAGCAACACUUGACAACACUCUGAAACUUUGGGAUUACAGUAAAGGAAAGUGUUUAAAGACUUACACAUGCCAUAAAAAUGAGAAGUACUGCAUAUUUGCCAACUUCUCUGUUACCGGUGGGAAGUGGAUCGUUUCAGGAUCUGAAGACAAUUUUGUUUAUAUCUGGAAUCUUCAGACAAAGGAGAUUGUGCAGAAGUUACAGGGGCAUACAGACGUUGUGAUCUCCACGGCCUGUCACCCAACAGAGAACAUCAUCGCAUCGGCGGCACUGGAGAACGACAAGACGAUCAAAUUGUGGAGAAGUGACUGUUAGAGAGCAAGCAGCAUUACCACCGAGAGAACUGUGCCCUGUCCCUGCCUGCCCGCCCGCCUGCCUGCCUGCCUGGACACAGAGACAGGCCCCUGGUGGUCUUGACGUCUGAGACUGUGCAGUCCCUGCUCAAACUGGUGACCCAGCAUUACAGACCCUGCGGCAGUGUCGGAACAAAUCCCAUUUUUACUGCGGACUCAUAACACUUAGCGAGUUAUUGUAUGCUUAAAACACACCCACGUGUGCGCAGAAACGCACUCUUACAAACUCCCCCGUCUAAAGAUUUUUUUUUUUGUGACCAAAUCACUUGUGACUUUAUCCCCUGUCCAUUCUUGUGAAAAUUAUCUUUUAAUUAGUGGGUUUAGUUGGUAGUGGAAUGUUUUUUUUUAUAUAUAAACAUGCUGUUGGCGGUUGGCUGUGUUUUAAAGUUAGCCAGUCAACUCUCUUUUUAUUUGUCUUUAAAAUUCCUCCUCUUGUGUAUCUCUUGGUAUUCGAUUGUCUGCCAUUGCCCUUUCCUCUUGCCCUCCUCAAUUCCCUGCCUUUACCUCAAGUGCUGCUAUGGCCUUGACUCUGAACUAACAUACCACUUAUAAUGAGCACUCGCUGUCUCUGGCCUUGGGACCUUGGAGGGUCCUGCUGCAGGAGUCUGCAUUGGCCAUCUCUUCUCCCAGAUCAGGUAGUAUUACCAUCCAGAAAGAUUCAAGUUGGCAAUUGUGCCCUUCCGGCUCCCUUCAAGCAGAAUGUUCCUGGUGGUACUCAAGCCAACACAGCAUUAUAGGCAGUGUUGCCAGCUAUACUGGGCAUGGUCGGUGGGGGAGCUAUUUUAGGAUUGGUGCUAUAUAAUGGUCUCCAUUGGGAUUCCUAACUCUCCUCGCCCGAGGGUUUUGAGAGAAACAGCUCUGGCGAGAUUGCGUGCUGGUAUCAUUCCUCACUCCCCCCCCCCCCCCCCCCCCCCCCCCCCCCCCCAUACAUAAUAUUGAUCAUCUGCAGUGCUGUGUGUUGCAGAAAGCUGGGAGGAGCAGAGUUAUAGGUCCCUUACACUUCCAAUGCAUCACAAUUUCAAAGCAGUGUCGAAGAUGAUUGUUCCUUGUGACUUUGGACAUACUCCUGGUUCUCUCCCCUCACCUGCCUCCCUUAUGCUAGGUGCCAUGAAAUCAAAGUAGGCUUUACCUGGGGCAAUGAACAUUGAGGGGAUUGGAUUUGAUAGCGUUCUAAAUUUCAUUUCUGGAAUAAGGGAGGAUAAUAGUGAUUCUAUCUCCAUUGCACAGACCCAAAUAGAGAGAAAGCAUUCUUAUAAGCGAGCACUCCUGAAGGUGUACUUGAACAGGAGGCACACUGGCAUCGGAUGUUUUGCAUUGCAGGUCUGCGUAGGGUGGUGUGAGUGUGAUUGCGCCUCGUAUUGUGGGGCUGUGUGAGACAGCACGCACCAGGUUCACCCCACCUGCCCUGGUUUAUAGCAGGUAAGGCUCACCUGUGGUCUUAAUGCCACUUGGCACGACAAGGGAGGGGGGGGGGGGGGGGGGGGGGGGGGGGGGGGUUAAAAUCAGCCGGGGUCCGUGUUCCUGAGCAGAUCCUUCAUUCGCCAGCGCAAAUCACUAUUGGGAAUCGGCUGAAGCUACAGACCAGGUUUGGGACUUGGAUCUUCCUUGUCUGAGCUCCUUGGAUAAAGCAACAUGGCAGAGCCAUGGCUGGUAGCUGUAGGGCCCUGCUAACUGCUGGAAACUGAGGGAGCUUCAAGCAAGGUGAUGUCGGGAGUGACGUGGAAGGUGGAAGAGUUGUACGGAGAUUGGAGCUGAAAUUCUCUCCCCCUCCCUCCCUCCCCUCCCAUGUUUCCCUCUGACCACCGGCCGACAGAUUUUCCUGGUCAUGGCCUACAGAGCCUCAUGAUUUUGUGGAGCCAGUAUCUUUUAAUAUUUUUAGUUUGAAUUGAUGACAGUACUAAGUAAUAAGUAGGCACUGUGGAAAUCUUUCCAUUACCUGUGAAUAGUGUUGCAGUAGUGAUGAUCUCUCCUGGAAUGCUGGGGUCGAGUCCUUCCAGCUCUGAGGUGUUGGUGUAAUUUCCCCUUGAUUCCCUGUUAAUACAAGAGGUUUGAACAUAAAA